GUCCCGACAUUUUUUCCUAGCAACACAGCAAAACCACUCUCACCUCAGAAUAUCGCUCGUAUUGAAUUCAAGUUUUUGACGAUACAGUCGGCGCUGGUCGGCUCCCCUCUUCAUACAGCCUGUCAGAGUAAUGUACACGGCCUCGCUCGACACGAUCUUUAAUAAUGGCACGUUCGAAUUUGUUGCCAAAGCAGACACAAAGGGCUCCAAGAUCCUCUUUGGAAAGUGGGUUUUUGAUAUCAAGAAGGAUAAAAAUGGCAUAAUUCUCCGCUUUAAGGCCCGAUAGGUUACUUGUGGGAAUAUAUAAUAC